AUGGUGAGCCUGAGUGUGAGACUGAGUGUGAGCCUGAGUGUGAGCCUGAGUGUGAGCCUGAGUGUGAGCCUGAGUGUGAGCCUGAGUCCUGCUGAGGACCACUGUGGCUCUCUCCUGUGGUGGAGAUGUGCCCCCACGCUGGCUCGCAGUUUCUCCUUUUCCUCCGAGUCUCUUGACGCGCAAUCCUCCAGUGUGACUGUAGCAGAUAAGGAAGAUGACCUGACCUGGCAGAGCAGUGCGGCCGCUGAGCCACGAGGUUAA